CCUCAAAAUAUAAUUUUGUUAAAGGAUAAAUAAGUGUGUCAUAAUUCUGUCUGAGUUGUAUAUCAAUUAAAUAUCAAGAUGGCUACACUUUCCUGAAGAAUAUGUAGGUUUGCUCUUAUUUUGACUCAUACAUGCUUUGUAAGCGUAAAUGACCCAACUGGUUCAACCCAGCGUUUGGGUAGAAAAAAUAACCCAGCAAUAACCCACCAGUGUGUGAAAAACAAUGCCCACCCAUUUAAUUCCUCUUUGGAGCCGAGUCUGCAUGGAUGUUAUGUGACUGAAAUCACAAAACGUGAUUGGUGUGGUGUCACAGAAAGGGUGACAUUUGUUAAUCGGGGCGCUCCGAUGAGAAAAUGCAUGCAAAAAAUGUGCAAAAAGAACCAGAUUACCCGAAUUCACCUUAUCUCGAAGCAUUUCCUUUCCUUUCUCGCAUCAGCAUAAUAGGCUAUAGCCUAUAGUAUAACAGUAUCGGAUAGCUCAAGCCAAGCCAUCAUCAUUGGCUUUGAUUUCUCGAACUGCUGGUAAAUAGCUGAUGACCACUCCUUCUUAACAACUGAUUCCCGUAAUUGAAGUAGCUAAUCUACCUUCCCCAUACAAACACAAUGGGGCUUCGUCUCACAGUGCUCUCAUAAACAUGACAAGAAAAGCUACAGGGCACAAGACUAAAUGCUAUAGAGAAAGAAUAUUUUAAAAACGAGUCCAUCGAUACAUUGUUCUUCGUGCGCUUUCUGUCAGAACAAAGUUUAAACACGAGGGCUUAACAAUAACAAUUUAACAGUCCAUAUUUGUUUUGGCAGCAACUUCAGGUAACCAUAAAACGAAUCCCAAAAACAUAGUUAUAAACAGAAGUCAUAAAGAGAAUUUCCAGUCAUUGUAAAAAUCUAGUCAAGUCAAGUAGGCCUACAUUUUAUUUAUAGCACAUUUAAAAACAACCAAUGCUGACCAAAGUGCUGUACAAAAUUGUCAACCAAUCAAAUAGGACACGCCACAAUAAAUCAGAAUAAAUAAAAACAUAAAUCAAACAGGACAACUGGACCACGUGACCUUAUACUGUCUAGAACGCCAUAGAAUAACAAUAUGUUUAAGACCAGACUUUAUUGUCUCAGUGGUGAGAGAUGAGCGUCAAACAGUCGUUGAAACUAUCGAGUCCUGAGUAUUUUUUUAGUGACCUAAUGUUUUUCUUCAUUUUCAGCCCAGUCAGGCGGAAGAUAAAUCUAAUUAAUCAUAUAGAAUCAAACGUUUGGAGAUCCCAAUGAAUAAGCAAACUUUCCUAAAUUCGUCUCGCCGUCCUCGAUAUUUUCCAGGAAACAGUAACUUGGUCAAUGUGGAAGACUCCUUUUAUUUACUGUAAGUCAACUUCCUUGUUCCCGUCCAUAACACGAGAAUCAACGCCGCGUGUAUGAAAGGGACAAUUAAGGUGACAGUAACAGAAGACUGACCCGCGCACCGUGCAGCGUAUAUACAUAGACUGUAUUGCUUAAAUUGUUUAAAAACUAAAAGCUGUUAACCACUGCCGACGUCUCAGUGUCUCCAGAGCAAGUUUAAUUCUCAAGGGAGGUUGUGCUCGAGGCGGAGCAAUAACUGAUAAAAGUUUGAUGCGCUGACGAGAAUCACAUUUUUCCGAGGGUCUAUUGACAAGAACGUUUGGUGUUGCAUCUUAAACAAGGCUGAAGUUAUUUGCGUCACCAAUCUUCAAUUUCCAGCUUUUAUUUAAAAAGCUAGGCCUACUCAUCUCGUUCAAGGAUUUUCGAUGGACAGGCUAUUUCCAUUUAUUUUAAUGUCACUUCUAUGGCAGACUGUCUCAGCAUUGUUCACAGUAGAGGUGGAGCAAGGGUCAUAUCAGGCCCAGUACCAGGGUAGUGUCACAAUGGGCUGCAUGUUCCAGCCUGGGACUGGUGACUUGACAGUGGUCUGGCAACGGGUCAGCCCCGGUAAAAACCUCGAAGUGUAUCGUCUGGAACAUGGAAAGGAGGACCUGGAGACCCAGGAUCCGUCGUUUAGUGGGCGGACGAGGCUGCUGACGGAGGACCUGGCGAGGGGGCAAGCGAGGCUGGAGAUCACCCAUCUAGGCAUCAACGACUCUGGGACGUACCAGUGCCUGUUGGUGAAGGGGGGAGCAGAUUAUAAACAGACGGAACUAUCUGUCAAAGCGUCUUAUAAGGCGAUCAUCAAAACCUUGGAGAGGUCAACGAUGGGUGGGGAGCUGGAGCUUGGAUGCCAGUCGGUGGGCUACCCUCUGGCCUCUGUCACCUGGAGGGACGGAACCGCCCGGGAGCUUCCAUCCAAUGUGACCUCAGUCAGAACACUGGAACAGCUGUUCCAGGUCACUAGCAAGUUGAAGGUCCAAUCCUCUGACAUGAAUAACUACACCUGUGUGUUUGAGGAGAAGAGUAUGCAGAACACCCGCUCUGCCAGAUUUAAUAUACCAGAUGAAAUACAGGACCCUCCUAGAGACUCCAACCUUCACAUUAUAGUGGUUCCUUGUUUGGUUAUAGCUGGAGUCAUUAUCACAAUCUUCCUGUACUGCAGUAGACAGAAAGGUUUAAGAAGGGACACCAAAAAUAUAUUGGGAACUGCUGAGGAGGGCACAUCUGUUGCAGCAAUGGGUGGGGAACCAAUGGAGAACCUGAGAAAGGUCCUGAGAACGAGCUGCUCUGAGAGUUCCACUGACGAGGAGGCGAGAGAACACCUCACUGUGUUCUGUGAGAAGGCGUGUUGUGGCACUCCACAACAGAGCUCGUGAUUCAUUGGUUGUGGAAGAACUUCAUAGGAAAUAGGAGUGGGUGUGUGUGAACAUGGGAUGGGAGGGGGGGGGGUUGUUAGAGUUACAUGGGACCAAAGCACAGGAAACUGAACAAGCAGGUCUUGCGUCCUGUAAUUUACUGACAUAUGCCGUGUCCGAGCCUCCCCCUAAAAGACAUUGCCCGUAUCCGGGCCCACAAGGCCAUGGCUCAGCUCUAGGACCCCUCUUACCCGCCUGUGGAAUUAUACUUUGCAAACACAGCAGAAUGUGACCUUUCAGGAAGUGAUGUCACAGCUCCUCCUAGGUUCGGAGCUCUCUGAGGAGGAGCUGAGGACAACAGUGUUGGCCCAGGAAAGAGUCUGAUUGUGUUGGACGGCCAGUGUUGUGUUUAUGUUUGACUGGUGACCGAGGAAAUACUGAAGACUUUAUAAGUAGCCUGCGGGGAGUCACUGGUCCAUCAAUGCCUAUCACUUGGUGGUCGAAUGGAUGUGGUAGGUUUCAGAAUGCCUUACAUACACUGAAAAGGCUUGUGUAAAGAAAUGUGUGCAGUACCCAUGACAAAGCACGUAGCAAUCAUGUUUCCAUUCUUCAAAGGACAUACAUGACAAUAUCAUAACUCAAAUGUACUGUGAGCUGCUAACUGUCUCCAAGUGUAACUGUUUGUUAUGAUCAUUGUAAUGCAACAUUGUUUUUUUACUUUGAUUAAAUGAAUACAGAAUAAAUAAACAUCCCUUUCAUCUUUGUAAACAUCAGAAAUUGGGUUGGCUCCUUUUCUCAAUGUGAUGACGU